UCCGAGAUGUCGAAACACCAGCUCCUAGGUGUCUCCUGAGUAUCAUGCAUAUCCCCGCGUCUCUGAGUACAUGCCCUAUUUUCAGAUCUUUGGGUCAUUUUAAUACUCAAUGAUUUUUGAUCAGCAUACGGUCACGACCGGAAGCUGCUUCAGCGAUGACUGGCCUAUCCCGUCAUGCUGCAGUGACUCCACCAUUUCGGUCUCCGAGCAAGAGGGCGCCUUCAAGAUCAAGCCGACCGUCGCAUGCAUGCCUCGGCAAUCAGACAUGCACACUUCGAAUGCGGGGGCGUUUGUAUUGGUACAAGGAGUGGUAGUUGGUGUAGACCACCACGUUCUCCCUAAGAGUGUCGCCCCUUACCUCCGCAUCACCAGGCAGGGAUUUGUACCUCUUCAAAUACUCCCACCGGACGUAACUGUUGAUCAUAAGUUCCUCGAUAAACUCGUUGACGUGUCUAAAUCAUGUGGGCUCACUAUCAAGGAAGCAUCACCCCUCAGCUGUCCACGGCUAGUAUAUCCCAAGCUUGGUAAUCGAGGCCGCGCGCAACUCCGGGGAAUGAUAGCCGCUGCUGCGAGGGGAUACUCUCAAGAGUGGAAGCUGUCAAGAGGGAUCGGAGGUUUGAAGACGGCCAGGGUCAAGGAUCUCAUACGCAUGGCUGAUGUACUCGGUCUGAGUGAGUAUAUAGACGCGAUUGCAUUAUCGUAGCGUCAUGUAUCAUAGUUCUACUAGAACUAAUAGUAGAUAGGUCGGAGAAACGUAGACUCUGUGAAGAUAUUAUAUUUGGUGUCUUGGGUGAUACUACUACUAGUACUUUCAAUUUUUGCGUUGUCGUCGAGUGUGUACUAAUCUGGCCCCUACUUCUGUAGCGCCACAUUCGUCACCAGCGACUUCGUCCAUAAUUGCCUAUUAUUCAUCGUCGUUUAUUAUUGCCAAUUAUUUAUUUGCUUGGUAGAAGCUGUGAAGUAUUUUCAGC